AUGAACGGAGCUCCUACUCCACUCGCAACCACAGCGUCCGCCGCGAACGGCCCGCGCCCCUCUACGAGCGCAUCCCCCGCCACGAUGCCGGCUCAUACUCCCGCGGGCUCGAAUGGCCAGCCCCGCCGUCGUCGACCGAAGCAGGUGGAGGUCCUGCGCGCUCCACGGAGGCCGCUCAAGCAUAUUACACGGCCCGUCAUGUCUCUCACGCAGAUGAACCAGGUCACAGGGAAGCCUGAAGCUGCACCGAGCUCUACCUCUAGGGAAGUCAAGACUGUGGAGGCGCUUCGGCAUGAGGUUCUCGCGCAAGGUGGCCAUUCAUUUCCGCUAGUCGUCACACGGCGCGAUUUAAAAGAGCUGCGACAUCACGUCAUGAGGCUACAGAGCAAAGACACAGUCGACGUCCAAAAUGAAGACCAGUUUACCCCGCCCAUCCGUCUCCACCGCCGCGACCCCCGUGCUCCGCCGAGUGGUGCCGGCGCCCAUUUCGAAGAAGAGGAAACGAAGGAGGAUAUUGAGGAGAGCAAGGAGCGUGAGCGCAUGGAGAUUAUGAGGGAAGAGCGACGCAAGGUGCGGGAAGAGAACCUAGCGAAGAUCGCGCCAUCAGGCACGAAGAAGCCACCGGCCUUCCAGAAAAAGACGGAGCAGAAGUACCGCCCCGACGACACGCCCGAAGCUAAGAAGCGCCAGCUCCUGCGGUAUGAAGAGACUCUGCCUUGGCAUCUGGAGGACUUUGACAACAAGCAGACCUGGGUCGGAACAUACGAGUCGGAAAUGUCUGACGCACAUCUCAUGCUCACACCCGCCCGCAUUGACGGCCGGGGAGACUUCAUCCAGCUAACACCCAUGGAGCGGUGGUACCGAUUCAAUGUCAAGAGCAAAGCCAAGUCCACCGACGACCCAGAGCUGGGUCGGGAGAAGCUACCGAGUUUCUUGUUAAAUAUUGAGGCCAAACAGCGUCUGAAGCAGGAGGAGCUCCAGCGAGACAAAGGCUCUAGGAGGAUGAGGACUCGGGUGGGCGGCGGAGACGAUGAUGAGGGCAGGAUCCGGCAACAACGCCCAGACGACGAUGAUAUGCCUACGAUUAAGCGCGAAGCAGAUGCCGACGACAUCGACUUCAACCUAGAAGAAGACUUCGCCGAUGACGAAGAAGGUCUGAAUGGCCUUUUCGAGGGUGAAGAUGUAGAUGUCAAGGAGACCGCAGAGAAGUUGAAGCGCGACCAGCUGGGAGCCGCCGCCUUCGAAUUGCGGGACGAGACCGAGGUGUAUCGUCAGGAAGAGCGAGAGAGGCAGGAGGCGGAGCGCAUGAAGCAGCUGGAGAAGUCCCUGCGAAAGUCUCUCAUUAAGCGGGAAAAGAACAUUGACUACGACCUUGAGGACGAGGAUGAUGACCCGUACGCAUCGAAGAGCGAGUCCGAGACAGAUUCGGAGACGGAGCGCCAGCGGGCCAAGGAAGAGGAGGAACGGAAAGCAGCUGAACAAAAUGGCAAGGCUCCCGAAGGCGACAAACUUGCAUCCGGCGCGUCGACCAAGGGAGCCACCACCCCUUCAGGAAUCCACAAACCUGUUGAUGUCAACAAGAAGAAGCGCCCGGGUUCACCAAACUUGUCUGAAGCAAGCGGUAACGAGUCAUCGCGCAAGAAGCAUAAGAAGAAGCAUGACAAGCACGGUGAAUCGCGCAAGUCUUCGCUUGCUCACCUCAACGAUAUUGCAAAGCGUGGAGCCGCGUCUGGAAGCGACAGCGAGAUGACUGAUGCCGGCAAGCCAAAGAAGGCGAAGCUGAAGGUCCGGCUUGGCACCCCUGCUACUAGCCCUGGCGGGAGCCGUGCGGGAAGCCCGGCCGCUCAGGUCAACGGUAGCCGGGCAGGCAGCCCUGCCGCUCCUGGUGGCCCCGCCACCGCUUCGCAAACCCGUCUUCCUUCAGCGAGUGAAAUCUACAAAGCUCUCCCUGCUGAAGGCAUGACUAUCCAGUCUCUCAUUACCACUUUCAAAGACCGCGUUGACAAAACCAACACCCAACUUUUUAUCAGACUUGUCAAGGCCGUGUCUAGCUUUGAUAAACAGCGGAGUUGGCUGAUUCCCCUUCCUCAGAUGCCCUCAGACGAGCAGAUCAACACCGUUAUGCGAGGAAACAAAGCAGCAGCUCCUAAACCGGCUAGCCCUGCCUGA